AUGGAGUCCUAUAAAAUUCCACCGUGGAAGCGGCAUUUGAGACGAGAAGAGAUGCUAUUGGGGUGUUGUAACGGGUACGUCUCUUCCCCGCACGAUAUUGCCACUGGGGAAGAUAGCUCGAUCGAUGCUGAUAUAUCUUCCCAGCAGUGGAUAUAUUUUAUGUGGACUGCGGAGAAAGAUAGACGAAUUGAUAAAAGCGAAAAAAGAAAGGAAACAAGGUCCUCGAGAAUCCACCAGGAUAUCGGCCAACGGCGUCAUGAGGGGCUACAGACAGGACAAGUUGUGGAUGGGCUGAUUGAUCCGCAUGGAGCGCUGCGGGGGCGUAGCGGGGCUUGCUUGCAUUUCCGCAGACCAAAGGCUAGAGGAGUCUCGCAGACCGCGGGCAGCGUAUUUGGCACCGGCACCAGCACUAGCAGUGCAACCCGGCUGGCAUCGUCGGAAUGA